CCGCCUUGCCGCCUGGCUUUGGUAUUCCUUGUUCUCGGCGGGCUGUGGGGGCUCCGCGCCGCGGCCGUUAGUCAUGUCGGAUGUUUCAGCGAGGCCUCGGGCCAGUCGUCUCUCCGCCUCGCACCUCAGUUUACCCAACCGUGAAGUGGAGCUGGGCCUUCUGACUCCCUCAUUCAUCAGCCUUAUGUUUUUCACAUUCAUAGAAGUAGUUCAUGUCAGGACUGCAUUCAAUAUUCUUAAAAAUUCUGGAAGUUACGGUCAGUCUGGGGGUGAGCAGCAAAGUUAUUCUUAUGGAAAUCAAGGCAAUCAAGGUUAUGGACAAGCACAACAAAGCUAUUCUGGCUAUGGGCAACCUACUGAUUCCUCAUAUGGACAGAACUAUGGCGGCUACUCCAAUUAUGGACAAAGCCAAUCAGGUUAUUCACAAUCCUAUGGUGGUUAUGAGAAUCAAAAACAGAGCUCAUACGGUCAGCAGUCUUACAAUAACCAGGGACAGCAAAACACGGAAUCAUCAGGAGGCCAAGGUGGAAGAGCGCCUUCAUAUGAUCAGUCAAACUAUGGUCAACAAGAUUCAUAUGACCAGCAGUCAGGCUAUGAUCAUCAUCAAAGUUCAUAUGAUGGACAGUCAAAUUAUGAUCAGCAGCAUGAUUCCUAUAAUCAAAACCAGCAGUCCUACCAUUCACAAAGGGAAAAUUACAGCCACACACAAGAUGACCGUCGUGAUGUGAGUAGGUAUGGAGAAGAUAAUAGAGGAUAUGGCGGGUCACAGGGAGGAGGUAGAGGGCGUGGGGGAUAUGACAAGGAUGGAAGAGGUCCUAUGACAGGAUCAAGUGGUGGUGACCGCGGUGGCUUCAAAAAUUUUGGUGGUCACAGGGAUUAUGGACCCAGACCAGAUGCUGAUUCAGAAUCUGAUAAUUCAGAUAACAACACAAUCUUUGUGCAAGGACUUGGGGAGGGUGUGUCUACAGAUCAAGUGGGGGAGUUCUUUAAACAGAUAGGAAUUAUCAAGACAAACAAGAAGACCGGAAAACCAAUGAUAAAUCUGUACACAGACAAGGACACAGGGAAGCCAAAAGGGGAGGCAACAGUGUCGUUUGAUGACCCUCCUUCAGCUAAGGCAGCCAUUGACUGGUUUGAUGGGAAAGAAUUUCAUGGCAACAUCAUUAAAGUGUCCUUUGCCACCAGAAGACCUGAAUUUAUGAGAGGGGGUGGAAGUGGAGGUGGGCGGCGAGGCCGUGGUGGAUAUAGAGGCCGUGGAGGCUUUCAGGGGAGAGGUGGAGACCCCAAAAGUGGGGACUGGGUUUGCCCUAAUCCGUCAUGUGGAAAUAUGAACUUUGCUCGAAGGAAUUCCUGCAAUCAGUGCAAUGAACCCAGACCAGAAGACUCUCGUCCCUCAGGAGGAGAUUUCCGGGGAAGAGGCUACGGUGGAGAGAGGGGCUAUAGAGGUCGUGGGGGCAGAGGUGGAGACCGAGGUGGCUAUGGUGGAGACAGAGGUGGGGGUGGCUAUGGUGGAGACAGAAGUGGGGGUGGCUAUGGAGGAGACAGAAGUGGAGGUGGCUAUGGUGGAGAUAGAAGUGGAGGUGGCUAUGGUGGGGACAGAGGUGGCGGCUAUGGAGGAGACCGAGGUGGCUAUGGAGGAGACCGAGGAGGCGGCUAUGGAGGAGACCGAGGAGGCUAUGGUGGGGACCGAGGAGGCUACGGUGGGGAUCGAGGAGGCUACGGUGGGGACCGAGGAGGCUACGGUGGGGAUCGAGGAGGCUACGGUGGAGACCGAGGAGGCUACGGUGGGGACCGAGGAGGCUACGGUGGGGACCGAGGAGGCUAUGGUGGAGACCGAAGUGGGGGGGGCUACGGAGGAGACCGUGGUUGUGGCAGUGGCUAUGGUGGAGACCGAAGUGGAGGCUAUGGAGGAGAUAGGAGUGGUGGCAGCUAUGGAGGAGACCGAGGUGGCUAUGGAGGCAAAAUGGGAGGAAGAAACGACUACAGAAAUGAUCAGCGCAACCGACCAUACUGAUAACUGUUUUGAAUGUUCCUUUUCCUCUGACAUGAUCCAUAGUGAAAUUGCCAGAGUUUUGCCUGCUGCUUUCCUCGUGGCCUCUUCUUGGGUAGUUAAAUUAAGUGACAUUUAGAAUUUUAUUUGUGUGGGAGGGCUGGGGCAGUUUUUCUUUUAGUAAUGUCUGUUGAAAUUUUCCCCUUUAGUUUCCAACUUUCUUCUUCCUAACCCUUGAAGCUAAGUGCGUUGUAAAAUAUUGCCAAAAUGGAAAGUGUUUUGUAAUACUGCAAUAAAGGCUGCUUGUUUUGUGGA